UACUAUACAGUUCAUUUUAAGUAGUAGUCCCGUGUCUAAAUGGGCACUCAUGCCUUCCGUGGAGAUUGUGGUUCACCUGCAUACACUCUGAUAAUGGACACUAACUUUCCUUUGUCUACUGCCUAUAUUUCGGUUUGAUUUUCCAGCAAAAGAUAGGUUUUUAUUUUCCGUGAAUAUGUAGAAUAAUGUAUUUUCUGAAUUCGAGUCUAUAAAUCAUUUACUGAAAUAAUGAAAAUAUUUGUUUAAAGAUUAUAUUCUAUAAGCAGAAAUAAAUUACACAAAAUUUUUUUAGUAUUCUUUGUGAAGAAUAAUACACAAAAAAUACGUACAUCCGCUGUCUUCAGUGAGAUUUUUUUGAUUUUCUUCCGUCCUCCGAACAAAAUGUUGGGAUUAUGCCGUAAAAUAGGCCAAUAUGGGGUUCGUUACACAUACUGUCGAAUUUAUCGUUCUUGCACACCGUCAUUUGCAGCUACGUGACCUACGCAGCUGGAAAGAAAACGACUCGAGAACCAAUCAUUAGAUUAACCGAAAGAAGACAAGGUUCGAAUGGGGCAGUAGAGCCAAGGAAAGGAAGUUUGGAUUAUGACGUUAAAAUUUAAUGUGAUACGAUCGUGCGUAUGAAUUUAUUAACCGGCUGCGAAAUAAAAUCACUGGAACAAUUUUGAGAAGAUACCGUCUUUCUUAUCGAAUAGUAGCAGUCACUUUCAUAUUCCGGUUCGUUGGGACACAUCGGGACUAGAACACUUUGUCCCAAAUAAACGACUGCCCCGAUUAAUCAAUGGGCCAAUUUACCGGAAUUUUCUGUACUUUGGUUCCGGUCAUGAGUCAUAUAAAUCCAGUCCGAAUUCUCAUAACAAAUUUAUUUAAGAAAAUUUUAAUAUUAUCCUCCCAUCUGCACUUAGGUAUCCAAUCUCAGCCGCAAUUUGGUAGUGUUCCACCGACCUCGUUCCACUUCAUUUGAUCACCCAAGUAAUUUUGAUGAAGGUUAGAAAUUAUUAAGCUCAUAAUUAUGUGGCUAUAACAUUAAUGUUUAAAAUCCCCACAUCUCUUUCAUCCGCCGAAAAAAGUGACAUAUUCUUUUAGCAGGCAGGCAGUGUGUUUGUGUGCACCCAGUGAAUAUGAAGUGCUGGAAUAAGCUAGGGUUUUAAGAAAACUUUUGUUUGUGACUGUUGUAAACGUUUGUGAAGUAAAUGUGGAGGAACUCUUGUCAUAUUUGUCAAGAAGAGUUUUAGUGUUUGUUCAAGGACAGAGGCUAUAAAUAUAGCACUGAACAUGGAAGGCGUUUUUGGGAUUGGAGUAUGGAUUAUCUCACGUUUCAUGACGUGGCUGCUGAGCUGUUGGCGGUAGAAGCAGACGGAAGAUCAGGAUGAAGCUAAGUGUGUCCGCCUACAGGGCUCAGGCUUCUGCCCACAAGAAGAUCCUGAACAGCAGCUAUCAGAUGUUGUUGAACUACGGGGCGACUUGCACCACCUCGCAGCCGCAGCAUCCAGCACCUACACUGGGACUCCCCUCCGUUAAGGUGGAAAAAGUGGAAGGGUCUUCUUCGGCUCACCACCACCUCCACCAUUCCCCGGAAAGUUGGGGCGGGGGCGGCGGUCCUGCCUCCUCGUCAUCUUCGUCCUCUCCGCUACCGCCGUCAGCUCUGCGACGCCAUCGCCCCAUGAUGGUGGACAGCACGGGGAUCGGACCUGGGCCGUCAUCAGGGCCCCCUGGGCAGACGUCUUCAUCCACUGCAGGAGAUGACACCACGGCGAGCGGCGUUGCAGGCGGAACAAUGUCGGAAGGGAGUGCCAGUGAGUCUUCGCCGCGGCAGUCCGGGGUCCAGUCCCUCGUAACCUCAAGGGAGGAAGACGGUGAGGAGGAUGGACAAGGUGGGGAAGCCGAAGAUGCGUCAGGAACUGGAAGCAAGAGGGACAGUAUCGCCUCGUCCGACAAGAGCCCUGGACAAAGACCUCCACCGCUUGCUAAUCAGAGUAGGUCGAAAAGUGUGGGCGAGCAGAAGUGGCAGAACCUGCGAGCCGUUAUGGCUUUAUACACGAGACUCCGGAAGAUCAAGAGGACAAAGAGCAACCAGAGAUGGAUGAAACUGAGAACAACGGUUCAGCUGUCAGGUGCCAUUACAACGAUCCAGAAGAAGCCCCCGCUCAAGAGAGAGGAUUCGUUCCUCAAGAGGUUCUCCACCAGGCAGAUUCCCGAGACGCAGGAGACCAUGGACACAGGGGACGACGGCGAUGGUGGUCCGAGCAGCCAGAGUACAGCAAGCACCAGAAGGCGUCGUCGCCGAAAACAGCGUCUUCCGCGGACCGUCGUGAAUCCCGACGAGAACUUCUACUUCUACUGGCUGUUCCUGCUCAGUGCCUGUGUUCUCUACAACCUCUGGACUCUAAUCGUACGACAGAGUUUCCCGGAGCUUCAGUCAGGCGCCACCAUACUGUGGUUCACGUGCGAUGGCUUCAGCGACGCGGUUUUCCUCUUAGAUGUGGCCGUCCAGUUCCGUACAGGUUACCUUGAGCAGGGACUCAUGGUUUACGAUUCAAAAAAACUCGCUGGACAUUAUAUUCGUUCUCGCGCUUUCCUGAUGGACCUGUGCGCCCUGCUACCUCUUGAUUUAUUACAGUUUUACGUCGGUAUACAGCCGAUAUUAAGGUUUCCUAGGUUUCUAAAAGUGUACAGGGUAUAUAACUAUUAUUACAUGGUGGAGUCUCGGACGGUGUACCCGAACUUGUGGCGAGUCGUUAAUCUAGUUCACAUACUUUUGAUUCUCGCGCACUGGUUCGGCUGUUUCUACUAUUUGUUAUCGGAAGCCCAAGGUUUCAUCGGCGUCUGGGGAUAUCCUUACAAUGAACCAGGAUAUCAGCAGCUGACACGCAAGUACCUAGGAUCGCUUUAUUGGUCAACGCUCACCUUAACAACGAUCGGCGAUCUUCCAACACCUGGCACCAACGUCGAUUCGCUAACAACAGCUUCUUCUUCUACUUCUGCUGCUCCUUCUACUACUUCUCCCUUAACAAGCAGUUCGUUGGACGGCCUUCCUGCUCGCCCGAGGCAAAGUCACAAAUCCCGACUCCUUCAAUUUUCCUCAAAUCGCGGGUACGUGUUUACCAUCGCCAGUUACUUGAUCGGCGUGUUCAUCUUCGCAACAAUUGUAGGGCAAGUAGGAAACGUAAUUACAAACCGUAAUGCAAACCGUCUGGAGUUCGAGCGGCUUCUAGAUGGCGCCAAGACUUACAUGCGCCACCACAAGGUUCCUGGGGGUAUGAAGAGAAGGGUUCUUCGAUGGUAUGACUACUCGUGGUCCAGGGGUCGUAUCCAAGGAGGUGGUGACAUCAACACAGCUCUGGGCCUACUGCCUGAUAAACUGAAGACUGAACUGGCAUUACAUGUUAAUCUCAGUGUCCUUAAGAAGGUUACCAUCUUCCAAGAGUGUCAGCCAGAGUUCCUUCAUGACUUGGUGCUCAAGAUGAAAGCCUAUAUUUUCACUCCUGGAGAUCUGAUUUGUCGGAAGGGGGAAGUUGCUCGAGAAAUGUUCAUUAUCGCUGAUGGUAUCCUGGAGGUUAUAAGUGAGACUGGUAGAGUUUUGACUACAAUGAAAGCUGGAGACUUCUUUGGAGAAAUUGGAAUCCUGAACUUGGAUGGACUAAAUAAGCGCACUGCAGAUGUAAGGUCAGUGGGGUACUCAGAGCUGUUCAGUCUGUCUCGUGAGGAUGUGCUAGCUGCUAUGAAGGACUACCCAGAGGCCCAGGAAAUCCUACAGAGUCUGGGUCGCAAGCGUCUGAUGGAUGCACGUGAAGUAUCACGGACCAAGUCCUCAGGGCACCACGAUAGAAAGGCUUCAGGCUCUCCUGCUGUAAAGGAUGGUGUGGCAGGCACUGACGUGGAUGGCAGGGCUGGUAAACGCAUUGUAGAGAAGCUUCGGAGUGAUGUCAAAGGUCUGAAGAACGUCUUGCGUAAGAGCAGGCAUGGAGCCAGAAUGAAGGAUGAGUCAAUGGAACUUCAACCACUGAACCCUGGCUCAGUCAACGCAAGGCAUGCAUCAUCAGCAGGGCACUCUGGAAAGGGCGUUCUACGUAGAAUGUCCAGAGUACACAGUGAUGACAACUACUCACGAGAGGAAUCAUUGGAAGAUCAGUCACCCACUGUGUCAACAGCUAAGCUAGGUGAAGGUCUUCCUCUGCUUCAACGCCUUCGUCUGCUGAAGGAGAAACAAGACAGAGAGGAGAAGGGGAAACCAUUGUUAAGUCCAAUUUCUCCUCCACCUGCUCCAAACACACUAUCACCACCAUCAUUCAGACUUCAGCCUCCAGAACAGGAGCCACAAGAACAAGAAGUGAUUGGUGCUGGAUUGCCAUUAAUCCAGAGGCUUCUUUUGCUCAAACAAAAAGAAGAUCAUGAAAGACUCACAAUGCAGGCAACUGCUACUGUUGCUGCAGAUGUUUUAGCAACUACAGUGAAAACACAGCAGGAAGUUGACCCUAAAUCAAUGCAGUCAAUUGUGUCCCCUUCAGGUAGGAAACUAAAGGGACGUAUUAGUGAUGAUUCAAGACAUUCAUCAUCCAGUAAAGAACAGUCAGAUGAUGAAUCAUCACUAGUAAGUAGAAAACCAUCCCUUCUCAAUAGGCUGGUGUCUAUAAAGCAUAAAGACAUUCCAAGUGCUUCAAUUGUGAAACAGUUUGGUGGUUCAAGUGGUGGGGUAUCUCCUCACCAAAAAUCAGAUUCUGGUUCUUCAAGUAGUGCUGAUCACAGCAUGACUACCACUGUUAAAGUUCCACUUCUCCGUGACAAAUUGAAGCUGCUAACACAGAAAGAUAGUACAUCACCUUCUUCUUCUUCAUCAUCAACUGGAACAGUUAUUUCUCCCUCAAUAGCUCAGAAUCAGCUGAGUGCUAAAAGUGACAGUGACAGUAGUAGCAGUUCAGUAGCGGUGUUAAAGAAGCAGCAUUCAUGGAGUCUUUUAAAAAAGGCUUCCAUAUUAUCAUCACAAAACUCAAAUGAAUCUUCUAAAGAUUAUGCUGUGACAGUGUCUAAGUCCACCAUUAUUCGUGAUCAUUCAUCUUCGUCUAAUAAAUUACAGCCUGGUGGAAUUUCAGCAUCUCAGUCCAAAGAGCAGCAGAGUUCAAAUCUGAUUCCAGUUCAAACAUCCUCUGCUAAUGACACAAAAGUGAUAACAGUGUGUGAUAAUGAUGGUAGUAAAUCCAUUCCUUCCAAACUUCCUUCAUCUUUAAAAGUCAGUGAAUUAAGUAGUGGUAAAAGUGUGUCUUUAUUUAAGCAAAAAGUGGAAAAACUUAAUGGUGAGGACCAAUGUCAACAGUCUCCUAUUUUACAAGUUCCCAAAGUUCAAGACAAGCUCAAGAAUGAAGAAACACAAGUACUUGCUCAAGAGGAUAAGAAAGAGGGUGAAGAAAACAAACUGAAAGAAAAGACUACUGAAAACUGCAGUGAGGAAGAAAAGAAAUCAAGUUUUGAAUAUUCAAUAGAGACUGCUUCAUCAGUAGGAAUAACAGAGAAGACAGUAGACCAACCUCCGGUAAGAGUCAUGGUUCCUUCUGUAUUGUCACAAGCAGAAACAUCAGCAGCAUCUCCGCAGAGAAGACGGCCUAAGCCCAGCCUCCUUCGCUUGCAAAAAGAUACAAAGUCCUACAUGUCCAUUGAUGACCUUUCUCCUGAAUAUUCUGGGUUACCUUUUGUUAAGAAACUGAAAAUUCUUAAUGAACGCCAAAAGUUGGCUGAGUUAGAACAAAAAGUUGCUCAUGUAUUGAUGCGUAGUUCAAGUUUGGACAGUAGUAAUGCUGUAUCAUGUGCUUCAGGUGGGAGUGGAGACUCAGCAGAAAAUUCUUUAGAUCCAAUGAAUCUGACAAGAAGUCAUUCAGAAGCCAGUGCCAUGCAGUAUGUAAGAUCCCAGCAGCACAGUAAGGACCCUUUCGGCCGAACUGCCUCACAGAUGGGUUGGAAGGAUGAUGGAGAAGAGGCGACUUCAACUCUUCCCCAGCGACCAACAGAACUUCCUCAAGACCCUUCAACUGAGGCAGCUCAGUCACUAACAUCCCCAGAAAGCAAUGAGACUUUGGAGCGACGGAAUUUGAAGAGCAUUCUCAAGAAACUGUCAGCAAGUUCUCUCUUUUCAGGAAGUACAGAAGAAGACAAAGAAAGCAGUUCAAUUAGUGAAAAGUCUGAGAUAUCUGCAAUGAAGGGAAUACCUACAGACCUACCAACUGCUAAAUCAUCAAAUGUGAACAUGCAAAAAUUAAUGAGGGCACCAACUAUUGAAGGUUAUGCGGCUCGUCAUAGUAAACUAAUUAAGAGUGUCACAUUUAACCGUGAUACACUUCAGUCACCUCCAGCUACAGCCACAACACCAACUAAGUUUCCACAAGAAGCUUCUGGAAGCCUCUUUCCUCUUCUUGUUGCCACAGAAGAUCAACCAACAAUUUCAGUACAAUCCACAUGCAUAAGCACAUCUUCUUCUACAGUUUCAACUGCUCUCUCAUCAUCAUCAUCGACAGAUUUGAAUACAAAUGUUCCUCAACAAGAAAUAAUUCCCCCAGCUUCAACCCCAGUGACAGUAGCCUUAACAACGUUGCCUUCAUUAGUGUCGCCAACCACCAUAUCAUCAACAAUUAGCUCUGUGAUGCCGCUCUUCAAUACAAGUGAACCUUUAAGAGUAUCACCAGCUGCUGAUGUGUCUGAGUUGCCAAAGGACACAAUAGAGUCAGCUGCAAAGAAGAAGUCUCAGGUCUCCUUUCUUGUGCAGAAUCCUCACCAGAAGCCCUUGACUGCAAAUGAAAAGAAUUUCUUCCGUCCCUCACUUCUCUUGCCAUCACAUGCUAGUCUUGAAGAAGAGUAUUUCAGUGAAGUCAUUGUGGGUAUCAAGCAGGUUAUCCAAGGUCACUUGGAAGAUGUACAGAAUAAAUUCCAAUCCCAGUUCCAGUCCCUUGAACUGGAAGUGAAGAGGCGAGAUGAAAUUAUCUCACAGCUACAAAAGCGUAUACAUGAACUUGAGCAUCCUGAAUCUACUGAAGAAAAUCAUGAAGAUGAAGAUGAUGAUUUAUCAGAUGCAGAUGAUGGAUCAGAUCAACCAUUUAUGAGAGGAGACUCUGUAGACACAAUUCUAGUGUCUCCUCCACCAGCAUUACCAGAUGAUUGUGAAGAGGAAAAUGAAGAUGGUAUUGUGGUAAAUCAAGAGCAGCUUGUGGCGGAUGAGGCACCAUACCAGUCCAUAAUCUCAGCUUCAUACAGCACAUUACGACAGAGGCAGACAUAUCAUCACUCAUGGGAGGAUCAUUCAGAGCAGGGACCUUUUGUGUUGUUGGACCUGCCCCAUUCAAUCGGGCGACAACAUGAGUGGUAUGAUGAAGAACAGGAGCAAAAAGUCACGCGCAUGCCAAAAGACUGUGUUGCCUUAGAUCUUGGCUCAUCUGACACAUCAUCAUCAUCAUCAUCAUCAAGUGAUUUGAGUAUUGAUGAAGAUGAUGCCUUUGCUGCAGACUAUGAUCUUCACAGUGUUGGGCAUAACCAAGAUUGGGAGGUGCAGAUGCUGGCUCGUGAACUGGAAAGGAGGGAAGAUAUAAGUCGCUUGGAAAAUGAAGUGCGGGACUUAAAAGCAGCUGUCAGCUCAAGUGAUCUUAGUAACCUGACUACCUCUGAGUUGAAUAUACUGGAGCAAGUUCUAGUGGCUAAGGACCGUAAAGUGAGAGCAGCUGCUCGAGCCCUCAGUCUUGACUCCGAUGACAGUCUUUUACAUGAACAGGCACUUCAACCAAUUAGCCAUCAUAAACCAGAAGUCCGUUCCCCAUCACUUUCAUCAGUGUUAAAUAAACAAAGUCAUUUGAAACAGAGAUCUUCUAAUGGUGGAGAGAAUCUUCUGUAUCGGACAAGUCUCAUAAAGAAUCGUCUUUUGUCAGCAACUACUAAAAGGCAUCAACUUCUCAUUGCCCGCUCACUGGAAGAAACUCCUGACAGAUCUCUCAAAACUAAAGUGAACUCGGGUGAACAUGUGAGGAAUCGUAGUGCAUCAAGUGGAAGUAUUGCUCCAGUAGGUCGGGCGUCAAGUUUUACAUUGUCAUCUGCAUCAAGCUUAAUGAGGGGCUUGGGGAAUUUGGUGAGAAACUCUGCAAGUACUUCUACAUGUCAGGCUUCUUCUCACAGCAGUCACCUUUCAUCACUGGAUGCUGCUACCACCAACAGAGCUAUUGUUCCCACAAUUUCCAGUAGCUGUGGAGAUGUUUCCCCUGACCCCAACCGCCACACAAGUGAUCCUCCACCACCUGAUCUAUGAAUAUUAGUUCUUGGAAACAUUAUUAUUUAUGUUGUGUUGAGUCACACUACAGUACACUAAUAGUGAUUAUGAGAGAAAGGAAUAGAUGUGAUUUGAGGGACAGGAAAGGGUACAGAGUUAGUGAUACUAUGAGACUAGGAAUCAUUGGUCCCAUCCUAGCACAUUUCUUGUGAACAUCCAGCAUGAUUGGAAUAACUCAUGGAACACUGAACCUUGAUGCCACUGCAACAAAGAGUAAUGCACUAACAACAAACUUACAGGUGUAUGUGAAUAAUCAAAUAAGCAAGUACAUAGUGCCUGAUAUUUUUCCUAUAGAAUAUUUACUGCACUUGUGCAGAACCUCAUUCCAAGUUUUCUUGGCGCUGUUACAUUACAAGCUCACAUCUAUUCUUUCCUCUUAUUGUAAGUAGCAUGCAACAAUCCCUCAUUUCUGUGUUUAAAGAUACAUUUUAUUGUCCCUUAACAACAAUAUCAGACUGGUCUACAAAUAUUCCAGAAUUUAGGAAGUUAUGCAUCAGUGAUUGGGUCAAUGAAAGUAACAACUAAACCAGUGGACUCAUUGUAUAGGGUAGAGUCCUUGCGAAGCUAAUAGUCUCUCAUCUCUUUAAGAAAUUCUCUGAAUUUUAUAGAACCCAAAGGUUCAUUACAAUGUACACAAAAGUCUGCUGGUGAAGGUAAUAUACAUCUUAACAUACCUCUUCUCUCAUAAUUAAAUUUGAUACACUACUUUUGAAAGCUUAUAAUAAUUUUAUGUCCUAAAUACUUCUAUGUAGUUGAGAAUAAUGAAGUUGUAGUCUUUAAUGGUACAAAUAUCUUUUUAAAAUAGUAAAAUCAAUAAUUAUGAUGUGCAACAAUGACAAAAUUACAUCCCUAAAAUAAUCACAAAUUCUCCACAGCCACAAUCUGCACUAUAAUUAUAUUUGGUAAUGUUUCCAGUUAUAUUUAAUGUUUUAUUCUGAAAGCUUCUCUGCACAAUGAUUACUUUACCUAAUAAGUUUUAAGAAAUCAAUUUUACAAAUUCACAAAUCAUGAGACAUGAUGGUAAUAUUCAGUGUGGUACAAGUAUAAAACCUUUUAAAGUAAAAAUGAACCAUAAUUUUAAAGUCUGAACUUACUGUGAACCAUAAACAUUUAGUUUAUUUUAUAUGACAUCAAGCAAAUAAUUUAUCUACUACCAAAAUCAAGGAAGAAAUUAAUGUACCACAUGUUUCUUUAUGUUAGUGAAAUUAAAGCUUUUUCAUAAGUUUUUCUAAACACAAUGUUUAUGCAAUUGGAUCUCUUUGUGUCAUCAGGUUGUGAAGUAGUAGAAGGAAAGUUUCCAAAUUAUUUGGACUCCUUAGACAUUGUUGGUCUCAGUGGGUGUCAGACUCAAAGUUUGUUCAAAGAAAGGAAUUGACAAGAAUGAUUUUUGCUAGCAAUGACCAUUAUAGACCAAUCUGUCAUGGAAUAAUUCUAUGUAAUAAAAGAAAUUCACAGUGAUAAAUUCCUCAUAGUUAGAACUACUAAACUUUAAACACUAUCAGAUGCUUGGUUUGAUAUAUUAUCAUAAAGGUAAGUAUAUAAAACUAAUGACACAGGCUUUGUCUGCUUAACCUGGCAGAGAGUAGGGUAAAAUACUUAACAUGAUAAACCUACUAUAUAACCUCAAAGCACAAAUUGUUUGUCUAUAAAUAGAACAGUGCAAUAUAUGAAAAUGAAUAUCACACAGUAAUGAUUUGUAGCUGAAGCUUCUUCUGUUCUGUUAAUUUAAAAGUCUGCACAGAAUUAAUCAUCCAGUGCUGAUUUUAUUAAUUUAACCUACCCAACCCCAUGCAAUAUGGCCACUCUCAUAUAUAAUAAUAGAGUCCAUUGGUCUGAUAUUAUUCUGAAUUUUCUUACAGUAUUUAUAUUUAUGUAUAAUAAUAAAACUUUAACAUAAUACUCAUAAGCUGCUUCUUAAUACACCAAAAAUAGUUGUUUUUUGACUUGGCAUAUUUUAAUACUGAAACUAUUUAAAUUAUUAAAUAGGUAUUAGCUGAUAUCAUAGUUAUUGUUUGUUCAUGUCAUCUACCUACAUGGGUCCUUUAGGUAAGGUUCAUACAGGCAAACUCAAGUAAUACAUUGUUUCCAUGAUCUGAGUCUUCUGAAAUCUACUUCCAACCGUUUACUUCCACGUAUAAAAAUUAAAGUUUCUUUAUUCCUUUGAAUAUUUCUAUUCACAGUUUAUCAAUAAUGAAUGACAAGACUAGGUAUUUUUGUACCCAAGGCAAAGUUUCAAUAAAAUCACAAAUUUACAAGUUAUAAAUGGAACUUUAGAGAUAUAUUAAAACACAAAAUUGUCCCUUGUGCUUCAGUAAGCACCACACCAUGCAGACAUGUGGGCAAAUGGAGCAGUCUAUGUAUACCUCCAUGCACUUUUACCCUUGGCACUAAACUGAGGCGAGUAGUUAUGUUUGCACCAUACCCCUGAGAAAAUAACUCUGGUACCCACUGGAUUGGAGGCUCUGUAACUCUACAGUUAGUCUGAAUGUUGUGCACUGCUACUGUUAUGAAUUAUUUUGAAACAAGUGUAAAACAUCAGAUUAGCUCAGUGGAUGGCGCAUUUUACAUUCAAGAGGUCCCUUGAUGAAAUUAAUAUUAAUAAGAAAGCUUACAUCUAUCUCAUUUACCCUUCAUCCUUUGUUCUCUUACAGCAUUUAGAAAUCAUGAUCAUAACAAAACUCUACCCGUCUUUCCAUAAAAUGUUAUGCAUUCAGUGGCGGCCCGACCAUAAGAGUUGCAGAGCUGCAGCACCCCCUAUAAUUUUUCAAAAAUUGAAAAAUUUAUUUUUUGUGUUAAUAUAAUUUGUAACACUUUAGUUUGCUUUUCACACGUUGGUAGCGCGGUGUUUGGUGGAGUGAGGGGCAGUCCACGCAGUCGGCUUGUUGUAAGGACCUGUGCAGGAUGUCACGUGAUUUAGGCUGGUUUCUGUAUCACAGUCUGCUUCAUGUUAUUGUUAAUAAUUCUGUGUGCUGACUAUUUGUUGUUCUGAUAAUGACAGUGAGCAAAGGAAGUGUCAUAUUUAUAGCAAAUUACUUUUUCUCAAUUGUCUUCGACUGAAGAAAGAGAUGUAAAAAUUCAUGGCCGUCCUCUUCUGGACUUACAAAUAGUUAAAACAUCGUCGAGUAGGUAUGGGUUUUCUCCUGAUGCAAAUUUACUUUUCAUUUAUUUAUAUUGGUAUGUGUUGUAAAACUAUUCUGUUUUCCCCCUUGUGUAGCACUACCACUGCUGGGACUCACGAGCCGCCAUUGUAUGCAUUAUUUAAUAUUACUUGAAUGUGAUUUAUGGUAAUUGUAUGUAGCAUUAGAUGAAAUGUGGGGGCUUGGAAGGAAGCAGGUGGCAUAUUUUGAGGUGAUAUUCCAGUUUCACAUAGAGAGACUGAGAAAAAUAAAGAGAAAUCUUAAUCUGGAUAGCUAGUCUACUGAUUGAAAUCAAGUGAUAAACUCUGAAAUAAAAAUUACAUGCAUUGCUGCACAGCUACUCAGUUUGGUGUGAGAUUCAUCAAUAAUUACUGAUUGCACGUUGGAAUGAUCAGGAAUGAAACAAUCAUAUUUUGUUUGAAGACAUCAUCAUGGAAUUAGUAUGACAGCUUAGUAAAAUAUAUAAGCCCUCUGUAAAAAUUGUUGGAUCUUCCAGGCUUUAAAAAGUUGGUACCUUCAAGAUAGCUGCAGGAUAUGUAACCUGUAAUCUAAGCCUUGUAGUAAAAGUAUAAGACACUGAGUGACUGAUGCAGAGAUGUGUCAGUAAAUUAUCUUACCUGUUUCAUGUAUGACGGUCUUCUUGAGGUAGUCUACAGCUACAUGUACUUACUUGUUCCAUGCCAUGAAACUGCAUAAAAAUGACACCAGUCUAUGUUGUCAUGAGAAACAGAAUUUGAGAUUAGACUUGAAUUGUCUUUAUGUAUUCAAAUAUUUCAAGUCUGGGGAGUUUAAACAAUGAGGUAUUUCAUAAACUGGUACAAAUUAACCCGAUGUUAAGACUGUCUAUAGUUAGCCAUUGAAGUUAAAACCCUUUGAGGACUAAAAAUUACACCAUUUAUGCCCCUACUGGUAUAUUUAAAUGGUGGCAAGUCCCAUCAUCUUGAAGAUAUGGUAUGGCAGUUUCAUACAGAGCAGCUGACCAUAUCUCAGAUAACGAUGUUGUUUGGAAAGGGGUUAAAUGAAUCUUUAGGAAUAAUUAAAUGUGUUUCAGUAUUAGAAUAUUUGAAUGAUAAUGAUAAAUAUGGACACUGAAUUACACCCCUAUAAAGUGACAAACCAUGUGAACAUAAGAACUAAUUGUCAAAGAAUGUGAUGAAUUAUUAUGAACACAACCUACAAAUGGUUAAUGUUAUGUAUAUUUAUUAAUUUUAUAAUUGCACAGUAAAUGUGUUUAAUCUAACACAGUUUAUAUCUCUCAUAAUUGUUAUAACUUCAACUGUAAGCAAACUCCAAAAUAUAUAUUUACUUACACACCUUUAAAGCUUCAUAUGGACACUAUGAAUUUCUUUCCAGAGAAAGUGCAUGUAAAAUUAAAUGUAUAUGUCUUCCAUAGAAUUACAUUUCCUGCAGAACUGCGUGUUUUGUUUUGUUAUUUUAUUUUCUCAUGCACUCUCUCAUUUGUCACCAAAUUAGUCACCCAGUCAUCCACUAGCAUUAUUAUAUUUAUUUUAACAUUGAAGAAUUGUUUUUGUAUUUCCAAUAUUUUCCUGCUGUUGGAACUCAGUGCAGCACACAUUGAAGACAUAGCCCCUGUGUUAAAAAAAUUAAAGUAAAGAAAGUAAUAUUGUGACAAAAACACAUUAUCUCUUACAAAUCCUUUGUUUAGCCUUGGCCUACAAAACUUCUGAGCCAUUUUUUGUGUUUAUAUGCUCUUUGUUUAUGAAUAGGCAUCACUGCAGCUUCAUUCCAUAAUUCCAAAUUGUAUUACAGUGGAAAACAUGUUUUUUAAUAAAGGAUAGAAUUCAAGUUUUAUUUUCAAUGUGUUAAUAAUAGUUUUAAUAUAGCUUUACCUUAUCUCAGAAUGGGCUUUUAUUUUAUUCUGUGGAAGAUUUUACAUUUCAUUUUUGACUGUCAGGAUGUAUCAGCAGUGCUGCCACACCACUAUAUUACAUAUGAAACUAGCAAAUACAAAUAACAGGUCUGUAUUAUUGUAGGUUAUUAACAUUUUUGAAGAAAAUUAAAGAAGUCAUAAAAAUAAUAUUUCAACAUUUUAUAGCUCAAUCUGAUUGAACUGCAAUCCAAUUCUAUAAAUUACUUUAAAGCUAUAAAAAACAACAACAAUAAUGUUUGUAGAUUAUAACCUACUUUCUGGUAACACAUUUUAAGAAUUUCAUAUACCAAGAAAACUCAUAACAAGUAUAUAGCGUACAUGUUACAUGAAAGUAGUAUAUAGUAUCCUGUUAUUAUUUAUAUUGAGAGAAUGAUCUAAUAUUUUAUUUCUGUAUGAUGUCAGUUAUGGAUCACCUACAUUUGUGAGUACUGCGUGUCAGUCAGUUUAUAGAAAGGUCAGUAGAGUGACAGUGAUUUUGAGGAAUAUUUAAUGCUCAUCAACAGAUCCAUUCUUUGCAUCUGUAAUAUGGGUUGAUGUGAUGAUAAUUUCUGAUAUGGCAGCAAGUUGAAUAUGAUGGGCAGCUUGGUUCAUAUUAUAAUAUAGUACAUACAGUAUGCUGCAGCACAAUGUAACUAUGAACUAUAAAAAUUGGUAGUUUGAAAUGAAAUGUACAGUAUUUUCUUCAAAAGAAAGCAAAUUAGCAAUAUAGACAAUUCAAAAGUCAUAUAUUUAAAAGUUGAUUAAAUUUUUAUUGUGAAGGUCCUAUUUCAUAGAUGAAUCUGCAAGUAUAAAGACAUAUAUUAAAUUUUGUAUUUGUUUUUUUCACUCAAUGUAUGUAUUUAAUGUAUAUUUGAUGUAAAAUAUUGAGGCACAGCAUAACAAUUUAUCAGUUCAGGGCUCCUGUCACAGAGCAGCAUUUAUAGCUAGAAGUGAGUUCCAAACUGUUUUGUAGGAACUGGAUAGAUUUUAGAAAUUGUUUGGAAAGAAGUAGUUAAAGUUAUUGAAAGCACUUUUCUAAAUUGUUGUUACACAGAAUCCAAGAAACAUGUGGAUUGAAUUAGAAAAAAAACAAUUCAGGUCAGUAUUGUGUAACAUUGAUUAAACAUAAUUUUCACAACUAUUUUGUGUAUUGUAAACUAGUAUGUGUUUCUCCAAUAUGGUGCAAUUUGGCUGUGAUGAAAGUAAAAUAAACAUUUAAAAAAUGAGGUAUAUUUUUCACCUACCUUGUACAUAACCGAGUACUUACUGCAGUAUGCAUAAUGUUCAGGUAUUUCCAAAACAUAAUACACAAGAGACGAAGCAAACAUAAUUCAUAUUAGAUGUCACCCAAGCUGUAGUGAAACCAUAUUUGGGAAAAUAUUAAAUUAAAUGUGUCUGUUUUCCUUAUGAAUUUCUUCAACUACCAGCCUUGUACCAACUUCCGGAACACGUUUUGUUGUCAUUUUCAUAAUCAGCAAUGUUAAAUAAGAUAAUAAAAAGAUUUUUCAGCAUUGAGUUUCAUGUUAGCCUAUUGUCUGUAUAAAGUAGCCUUGCUGUAAGAGAUGUAUUUUGAAUCUUUCAAAGUUCCCACAAAGCAAUUUGCCACUUUCAAUAAUUAUUUUUAUGAUGAUCAUUCAUACAGGUUUGGUUACAUGUAACUUUCUUCUAAGGAAUGGGGUUAUGUUGACUGCACUGAAAUGUUACUGUCAAGAGUCCAGUGUUGUUGUUUAAAAACAAACCAGAAAACUUUGAUAUUCACUCCAUAAUAUCUGCAGACUUGCAGUUCAUACGUGGAAUAUGUGAUGGUGCCAUUUACAUUGUCUUUUGUAAGUUUAAUCUAAUGGUCAUAUAGAUGUUAACUUGUUCCUAUUACUACAUGAGAACAGUUUACUAAAACAAUAAUGUAAAUAGUAUAUACAGUCGUGUUAAUAUUUAUAGUGUUUAUUGUUAUUCA